AUGAACGGGGGAAAUCCUUCUGCAGGGCCCCCGAAGUCUUUUCUGGAGGUGGCCGUGUUCUUCACACAAGAGGAAUGGGCUGUGCUGGAUCCGGCCCAAAGAGCUCUGUACUGGGAAGUCAUGCAGGAGAAUUACGAGACUGCAGCCUCUCUGGGUAAGGAUCUUGGCCCUUUUAUCCUGAAUACGGACUUUGGGUUCCUGGACCAUUCCUUAAUUCACAGUGCCAGCCAAGAGAAGUGCGGUUCUUACAGAGCUACGAGGAACCGGGCAGGUGUACAGAGGAGGAAGCACACAGGAGAGAAGCCAUAUAAAUUCUCAGAGUGUGGGAAGAGCCUUAGUGAGAAGGACAACCUUACUUCGCAUCAACGUGUUCAUACUGGGGAGAAGCCAUAUGAAUGCUUCGCGUGUGGGAAGAGCUUCAGUCAGAGCACAACCCUUACAUCACAUCUCCUGCUUCACACAGGGGAGAAACCAUAUCAGUGCUCAGAAUGUGGGAAGAGCUUCAGACGGAGAGACCACCUUACUUCACAUCAACGUGUUCACACUGGGGAGAAGCCAUACAAAUGCUCAGAUUGUAGCAAGAGCUUUUCUCAUAAAUCAGGCCUUAAUUCUCAUAAGAGGAGGAAGCACACAGGAGAGAAGCCAUUCACAUCACAUCUCCUGCUUCACACAGGGGAGAAACCAUAUCAGUGCUCAGAAUGUGGGAGGAGCUUUAGACAGAAGGACAACCUUACUUCGCAUCAACGGGUUCAUACUGGGGAGAAGCCAUAUAAAUGCUUUGAGUGUGGGAAGAGCUUCAGUCAGAGCACAACCCUUACAUCACAUCUCCCGUUUCACACAGGUGAGAAACCAUAUCAGUGCUCAGAAUGUGGGAAGAGCUUCAGACGGAGCACAACCCUUACAUCACAUCUCCUGCUUCACACAGGGGAGAAACCAUAUCAGUGCUCAGAAUGUGGGAAGAGCUUCAGACGGAGAGACCACCUUACUUCACAUCAACGUGUUCACACUGGGGAGAAGCCAUACAAAUGCUCAGAUUGUAGCAAGAGCUUUUCUCAUAAAUCAGGCCUUACUUCUCAUAAACAAAAGCACACAGGAGAGAAGCCAUAUAAAUUCUCAGAGUGUGGGAAGAGCCUUAGUCAGAAGGACAACCUUACUUCGCAUCUCCUGCUUCAUACAGGGGAGAAACCAUAUCAGUGCUCAGAAUGUGGGAGGAGCUUUAGACAGAAGGACAACCUUACUUCGCAUCAACGCGUUCAUACUGGGGAGAAGCCAUAUAAAUGCUUUGAGUGUGGGAAGAGCUUCAGUCAGAGCACAACCCUUACAUCACAUCUCCCGUUUCACACAGGUGAGAAACCAUAUCAGUGCUCAGAAUGUGGGAAGAGCUUCAGACGGAGGUGUUAA